CUGAUUGGUGGAACGUAUCGUAGCCAUCAGGGUGCGCUUUAAGUCGAGCGCAUGGAAACGAGAGAAGGACCUUGCCUUUCUUUCGACGCGUGCAUAUCGUUGCGAAGGGAAUGGCUCCACGAUACGAAUUGGCCGUUGGCCUCAACAGGGGCCACAAAACGACGAAGAUCCGCGUGGCAAAGAAUAAAUCCGAGAAGCAGAAGACUGUCUGUCUUCGCCCAUCCAGGUUGAAGGGGAAACAAACCAAGCACAGCAAGUUCGUGAGGGAUUUGAUCCGUGAAGUCACAGGACAUGCUCCCUACGAGAAACGUGCUAUGGAGUUGUUGAAAGUGUCCAAGGACAAGCGUGCUCUGAAAUUCUUGAAGAGAAGGCUGGGCACACAUAUUCGCGCUAAGAGGAAGCGAGAAGAGCUUGGAAACAUCCUGGUGCAGAUGAGGAAAGCAGCGGCUCAUCAUUAAUUAUUUUUUAAAUUUGUAAAACAGAUAGAUUACUUAAAUAAAUCAAUAUUCCAAGAGA